CGUUGGUCCUUGUGGAAGGUUCGUAGUGAUCGAAUUUUCGUACCAAAAUUAGCCGGCUCACUACAAUUUUUUAUUUUCUUCCUCCCAAUAUACAUUGCUAUACAAUCACUGUUAAUUUUCAAAGAAUUCCCGACGAGUAACAAGAGUUACCAAGUGUCGACAUCGCGUGUAAAUGUCGUGAUAUGAACGAAGAUCAAUUAAUCAACUUAGAAAAGGUUGUCGUGAGUAAAGUGUCAAGUGCGAGCGGACCAUGAAUAAGAUGACACGAUGCUGGUUCCUCUACAGUCUGUUUCUGCUGGGAUGCGUUCAAGAAUGCUGGCAACUCGUGAUAAAAAACGUCACCAUACCGUCGAUGGUGAAAGCCAACGACACCGAUCAUGUGAUCCUGGAUUGCGAUUAUGAUCUCGAGGACACGCCGAGCAAAGGAUUAGUCGUGAAAUGGUUCUUUAACGCGGAUGAAGUGGCCUAUCAAUGGAUAUACGGUAGGGAACCUCUGGCCGGCGAUACGUUGUCGAACUAUGUCGAACUGAAGUACCCUGCCAGCGACGAUCCGUACACAAUGUAUCGAGCUAUAAAAUUAAAUAACCCUGAUAUCGAACUUAGCGGAGAGUAUAGGUGCGUCAUAUCCACGUUUGCGGACGAGAAGUCCGCUAGCGGAUCCAUGAUCGUAUAUUCAACAGAGAAAAAGUUCGAUCUUAUAUAUAGAAAGAAAACUAUAGAUGAUAAGGAUGGGGUGGAGAUAACAUGCAUGGCGGAAGGACUAUAUCCACAACCUACUCUUAACAUAUCCAUCGAGGGUGUCCCGGAAAAUCAAACCUUCGAUAUUAUACAGCGUGCCGAUGGACUGUACAACGUCUUAUCACGAACGACCUUUCUGGACGAAGAGUUACCGGAUAUAACAACUAUCUUAUGCUUGCUCCAUAUACCAGAGGCGAACUACAACGUUUCCCACGAAACCGUCUAUUAUCCCAGGCCGCCUACUUCAACUACUACAACGAAGCUGCUGCACAAAAUGGAGACCCAAACGUUAAACGACUCAGAGCCUGGCAAUGGUGGUGGAAAUCUGUCUGGUCAAUUGUCAAUUAAUAUUCUGCUAGCCAUUAUGCAGUUGCCACUAAUCCACAUAUAUAAUUAUCUUCAACCGUUUAAUUAGGUUUCAAAGCAGAAUUAUCAGAAUCAUUUGUACUACGCCUAAGAUACUUAUCGAUAAACACGGUGUGCCUAUGUUAAAUGUUCUUUCACAAAAUACAGACAGAGCCAAGUGUCUGAACAUCAAAGUUCAUUGUUCACAUUGAAAAGUUUAUAACUAUUCACACACGUAUAUAGGUACACAAUACAUUAACAAGAUAAGAUGUAAUGUGUUGUUUAGAGUGUUUCUUUUUUUUUAUUUGUAUUCUUAAUGAAAUUCUAGUUGUCAUGAUUGAGCACGAUUUAAAAGAAAACCAAAGAUAUAGAUAUAUGUUGAUACGAGAAAUAAGAGAAAAAGAAAAAAAUUUUAUAGAUAAAUAUUCAUAUGACUUUGUAAAUAAGAUUUGAUCGUAAUAUAAUUCGAGUCAUGGUUGUAGAUUCUGUUUGUUAUUCUUCGAUGUCAGAUUUAUAAUAUAUAUAUAUACAUUGUUUAAAUGAAUAAGAAAUCUGUAUGAAAUUUUAAAUAUGAUAUAGGUACAAUAGAGAAGAUGUGUGUAAUAUAUGUGUAUAAAUAUAAAAAUACGAUGAUAAAACAUGCAAAAGAGAAAAAGAUAAAUGAUUAUAUGUGUAAUUAUUUUGAUAUGUGUAUGUAAAUAAGUACAAAAACAUGCGAGGAUUAUGAUUAAUACAAUGGAGCCUUGAUUAAACGAAUGAUAAACAAAGUUUAAUCGAAUUUUAUAAAAUAUCAAUAAAAUAAAAUAUCAAUUUUGAAAAAUGAGUGGUGGAAAGAAUUAUUAAUUAGAGAAACAAAAGAAAGAGGAAAAAUGAGUGUCAAUAGAUCGAGGUUCGAUUGUAUUUAAGAAAGAAGAAUAGAUAUUCUAGCAUCUUAGCUCAGGAAAACGAAUUGUACAGUCUCUGUAAUAUGAUAUUGCAAACGAUUUAUUAUACGUGUUAUUAUAUACAUGUUUCCAAAACUCAAAACGUGAAGAAAAUACUAUAACAGUGUGAAAAUUAAAAAUAUAUAUUCUGACGAAAAAAAUAAUUUAAAAUUCAAAUAAUAAAUUAGAGCAAUUUUGGAUACAGAAAAGACGAUAACAUUAUCAAUGAGUUUGAAUCAAUGAAAAGUCAAGUAUUUCUAUUAUUGCCAUUACAUUAAUUGCUGUCCAAAGAAACAAUCAAUGAAUCAGCGUUUGAAUGAAAUAUUUAAUUGCUAUCUUCAUUGAGUUUUGUUAAUUAUGUUCAAAGAGAAAGGAAUGUGAUAAAAUAAGACAAAGCAAAUAAAAAUAAGGAUAUGUACCAAAGUUGGUGACUAAUAAAAUUAAGUUUAAUUUUGUAUAGUAUCUUUUUCACUAUAACACGUGAAAAAAUAUCAGCCAAUUUUUGUAGAAAAAUCAAUGUUGAUGCCAGAAUUGCCAAAUCAAUGUAAUUGAUUAAUUUCAGACUUGCUUUUUGUAAUUAUUGAAAUUAUAUAGAUAUUUUUGGAAAAAUUAUAUCAUUAUUGAUUUUA